AUGCAAUAUGAAAAUUUUAGUCGUCAUCUUCGAGAAAAAUAUUACACACGUGUACAUAUUGCUGAACAAAUUAUUGAUCAAUUGAAAUAUAACAAUCAACAACGAAUAUCAAUGACAUCCGUAGAUAAUAAAUCAAAUAAUAAAAAUAUGCUUAAAGCUCAACAAGAAAUAUCGUUUCCAUUGAUAUCUUAUUUGAAUAAAAUCGAAUGUGAUGAACGAAAUUCGAAUGAUAAUAAUAAACAAUUAGAACCUUAUUUGAAUGAAUGUCUUUUAGCUGCAGAACGUAUUAAAAAUAAUCGACGUUCUGAUCGUGAUCGACAAAUUUGUUAUGAAAAUUUUAUUUUAGCAAAAAAAUUAGAACAUAUUAAAAAACAAUCUGGACAAAAUGCACGUAUACAUUUAGAAAAAGAUUAUCAGAAUCAUUGUCGAUUAUUGCUAUCAAAAGCUAAUUAUGGAUAUGAUACGAAUAAAUUAAUUAAGAAAAGAUGCAUUAUGAAACAAUCUUUAUUAUCACAUGAAAAAGGUUGA